GUUCCCUUCCUUUUCUCCCCACUUUUCUCUGCCCCUUUCCCACCCUCCCUGUCCAUGCCAGGGGCCCGCCCAUCAGCUCUAGCUAAGUCUCCCUAGGGGUUCUAGAAGGGCUCUGGCCUGGCACACCUUGGGAGAAAAGGCCUUGUGCUGGGCCACAAGAAGUGGGCAUUUGGGUCUCUGGACAUUGUUCAAUGGGGGCUGCCUUUGUCAGCCCCAAGUCGGGCCCCUCCUCAUCCUUCCCCUGCAGCAAACUGCCCAGUGGAGUCGGGGGCUUCCUGCAAAGAACUCCACAUGUGGCGACUCGGGGACUCCUGGCUCUGCCAUUUGCUGCCCGUACCCUGCCUCAAUAGCUUGACUUUUGGGGCCUCCAUUUUUUCCUCUUAAGUCUCUAAUCUGGGCACUCCUCCCCUUUGCAGAUAAUGGGCAUUUCCCACUCAUCCCCUUCUUGGUACUGAGGUAUUUGGUAAUGGCCCUUUCCUGUUAUACUGGGGAAAGGGGGGCACGGGGAAGCCUUUGUCUUCUGCUCUCAGCUCCCUUCAUGGACUCGGGCAUUUCUGACUUUGUCUGGGACCAAGGAAAUGCCGGUUCCCCUUAUGUUUCCUCUCCCCCAGCUCUGCUUUCUGAGGAGUCUGCACUGAGCGAAGACAGCAUGGCUCCUGUGGUCCCAGCAGCCAGGUGUCAGGAAACACUGACUCUGGAGGAUGUGACUGUGAACUUCACCAGGGAGGAGUGGGGGCACCUGUGCCCUGCCGAGAGGGACCUGUACAAGGAAGUGAUGCUGGACACCUAUAAGAACCUGGUCUCGCUAGGGCUUGAAGUGUCCAAAGCAGAUGUGACCUUCCUGUUGGAAAGAGGGAAAUCACCAUGGAUGUUGGAGAGCAAAGAUUCCAGUGACAGUGACUCAGAUCCAGAGUUCCUUAGUCAAAGGGCCAGGUAUGAAACAGCAAAGUCAACUGUAAAUCCAUCUGUUUCUCCAGAAGAGUCAUCUAAGGAAAGAGUUAAGAUAGAUGGCUUCUGGGAAUACCAUUUGGGAGAAACCUGGGAACGUGAUACUGGAAAACAAAAUAAUUGCAAUCAGGACAGACAAACUAAUCAAGAGACAACUGUCCACAGAGAAAUUUCUACUAAGUCUGUAUUUGGAACUUGUUUUAAUCGGGGGUCAGUUCUUAUUCCACAAGAAGGAGUUCACACUAGAAAAAAUCUUCAGGAAUGUAGUACAUAUGGAAAGAACUUAGCACAGUAUUCAGAUGUAGGUGAACAUGAUAGUGACUUUUGUGAACAUAAUCAUUGUAAUUAUACUAUACACAGCAAGUCAUUCAGUUUCCCUUCAGACCUUAUCCACUCUAACAAAGAGCAGAGUGAAGAAAAAGUAUUUCAGUGUAAUGAAUGUGGGAAAUUCUUCUCCAAUAGAAAAUCCUAUAAAAGUCAUCAGAGAAUUCAUUCAGGAGAGAAGCCCUUUGAAUGUAACCAAUGUGGGAAAGCCUUUAGGUGGAAGAGCUAUCUUACUGUCCAUAUGCGAAUUCACACUGGAGAGCAACCCUUUGAAUGUAAUCAGUGUGGGAAAGCCUUCAGACAAAGUUCUCACCUUACUGUACAUCAGGUAACUCAUACUGGAGAGAAACCCUUUGUAUGUCCCCAGUGUGGGAAAUUCUUUAGCCUUAGUGAGCAGCUUAUUGAACACAAGAAAACUCAUGCUGGAGAGAAAACCUUUGAAUGUAAACAAUGUGGGAAAGCUUUUAGCCAGAUUUCUCAACUUACUCGACAUGAGAAAAUUCAUUCUGGAAAGAAGCCCUUUGAAUGUCAUGAAUGUGGGAAAUGCUUUAUCCGUAGUGAGCAGCUUAGUUCUCAUAAGAGAAUUCAUACUGGAGAGAAACCCUUUGAAUGUCAUGAAUGUGGGAAAUACUUCAGCCAGAGAGGGCAGUUUAAUACACAUAAAAGGAUUCAUACUGGUAAGAAACCAUUUGAAUGUAGUCAGUGUGGAAAAGCAUUUAGCCGAAGUUCUUACCUUACUGUACAUCAGAGAGUUCAUACUAGAUCAAAACCCUUUAAAUGCCAUGAAUGUCAAAAAUGCUUUAUCAGUAGCAAGCAACUUACUGAGCAUGAGAGAAUACAUACUGGAAAGAAAUAUUUUAAAUGUAAACAGUGUGGGAAAACUUUCCGUAGAAGUUCUCACCUUACUGUACACCAAAGAAUUCAUACUGGAGAGAAACCCUUUAAAUGUAAUCAAUGUGGGAAAUCUUUCAGUGAUAGUGGGCGGCUAAGUACACAUAAAAAAAUUCAUACUGGAGAGAAACCCUUUGAAUGUAACCAAUGUGGGAAAGCUUUUAGCCGAAGUUCCAACCUAAGCGUACAUCAGAGAAUUCAUAGUGGAGAAAAACCUUUUGAAUGUCAUGAAUGUCACAAAUUCUUUAGCCAGAGCAGGUCCCUUACUGAGCACCAGAGAAUUCACACUGGAGAGAAACCCUUUGAAUGUAGUGAAUGUGGGAAAACCUUUUGCCGUAGUGGGCAGCUUACUCUGCAUAAGAGAGUUCACACUGGAGAAAAACCCUUUCUUUGUCUUGAAUGUGGAAAAUCCUUCAGCCACAGUUGGAUGCUUAGUGCACAUAAGAAAAUGCAUGCAGGAGAAAAACCUUUCAAAUGUCUUGAAUGUGGGAAAUCCUUUCGCUGGAGUGGAUCCCUUACUGAACAUAAGAGAGUACAUACAGGUGAGAAACCUUUUGAGUGUCAUGAGUGUGGGAAAGCCUUUAGCCGUAGUGGCCAGCUUACCACACAUAAGAGAAAACAUACUGGAGAGAAACCCUUUGAAUGUCAUGACUGUGGGAAAGCCUUUAGCUGCAAUUUUUAUCUCACUGUGCAUCAGAAAAUUCAUAGUGGAGAGAAGCCCUUUGUGUGUAAUGAUUGUGGAAAAUCAUUUAGUUGGAACAAAUCCCUUACUCUACAUAAGAGAAUCCAUACUGGAGAGAAACCUUUUGAAUGUAAUGAAUGUGGGGAAUUCUUUACCUGGAAGGGACAGCUUACUGAACAUAAGAGAAUUCAUACAGGAGCAAAGAAACCUUUUGAAUGUGAUCGGUGUGGAAAAGCCUUCAGGCAAAACUCCCACCUUACUGUACAUCAGAUAAUUCAUACUGGGGAGAAACCAUUUGAAUGUCAUCAGUGUGGGAAAUCCUUUAGGCAGAGUUCUCAGCUUACUCGACAUGAGAAAAUCCAUACUGGAUAGAAAGCUUUUGAAUGUAGCAUAGGGAAUCUUACCUAACAAAUAGCUUUCUGGACGUGAAUAUUUUAUCACAACAAAGAAAUCUUUACUUGUAUGUAAUUGAUGAAAAAACCUUCAAAACUAUACACUUUAAUUCUUUUUUAAAAUUUAUCUUUAUUUUUUUAUUAUUAUAAUA